CAAACAAGGUUUACUGAUGGCAGGACUGAAGGGCUAACGGCACUUGGCCCUAAGUCUGAUGGUCUGAGUUCAAUCUCUAGGACCUACAUGGUGGAGAGAGAAUAGACUCCGACAAGUUGUCGUCUGACUUCCACACACGCACCAUGCGACACGUGCCAUAGCACCACAAACAUAAUGUGCACCAAAAAUAAAAAUACAAGUUUUAUGUCAGGUGGUAGUGGCAUAUGCCUUUAAUCCCAGUGCUUGGGAGGCAGAGGCAGGGGGAUUGCUGUGAGUUCGAAGCCAGUAUGGUCAGCAGAAAGAGUUCUAGGACAGCCAGAGAAACCCGUCUCAAAAACAUAAAUAAAUAAAUAAAUAAAUAAAUAAAUAAAUAAAUAAAUAAAUAAGCAAAUAUGUUUUAAAAGUAAACAAUAGAGAGAGCAAUUGAAGAAUAUACCCACUGUUGACUUCUAGACACCAUAUUUACAUACAUGUAAAUAUGUAUGUAAAUCUUUAAAUCUCACCCCCCCCCAAAAAAAAACCAAUCUCAACUAGAAGCUGAAUCUGUGCCACUUGUAAUCACAAUACUUGGGAGGUGGAGACAAGAUGAUCAAGAGUCCGAGGCCAGCCUGGGCUACGUAGAAGUUGGAGGCCAAACUUGAGCUGUGUAAGAUUGAGUCUUUUUUUUUCUUUUUUCUUUUCUUUUCUUUUUUUUUUUUCUUUUUUUCUUUUUUUCAGAGCUGGGGACUGAACCCAGAGCCUUGCGCUUGCUAGGCAAGCGCUCUACCACUGAGCUAAAUCCCCAACCCCAAGAUUGAGUCUUAUGCUUUAAGAAGUUAGAGGAAUGUAAGUUGGAUCUUGCUUCUCCAUUGCUCAAAAUACUGAGAACAGGUCCACUGAGAUGGCUCGCUGCCAGGCCUGAUAGCCUGGGUUCUAUCACCAGGACUCACACAGUGGAAGGAGAGAACCCACUCCUGCAAGGUGUCCCCAAUUCCCACAAAUGCACUGGACACACAGAAUUAAAUAGGGCUGGAGAGAUGGCUCAGCGGUUAAGACUCCUGGCUGCUCUUCCAGAGGAUCAGGGUUCAUUCCCAGCACCCACGUGGCAGCUCAUAACCUUCUGUAAAUGCCAGUUCCUCGGAAUCCAACGCCCUCACACACACACACAUGCAGGCGAAAUACCAAUAAAAUUAAAUCAUUAAAGGAUGAGUGAACAGAUGUAACUAUAACAAUUCUGAGGAUGGUUCUCAAAAUACAAUCCAGGUCCACUGUGGGUCUUUGCUCUUGCUACUCCAGCCUCCCUCCAUCCCCAUCACUUACUGUUCUAUCUGGCACCUAACUGGUCCCCAGUCAUUACUCUUUCUCCUUCAUUGUCGUCGUCGACUUCCUCUUCUUGUUCUUCUUGUUCUUCUUGUUCUUGUUCUUCUUCUUGUUCUUCUUCUUCUUCUUUUCUUCUAUUCUUUUCUUCUUCUUUUCUUCUAUUCUUUUCUUCUCCUCCCCUCCUCCUCCUCUUCCUUUUCUUCUUCCUUUUCUUUUUCUCCUCCUUUUCCCCCUCUUUCUUUUCCUCUUCUUCAUCUUUUUUUUUUCUUGUUUUAAACUGGGCCUCACUAUCUUGCCCAGCAUGGCUUUCAACUUACUAUGUGGCCCAGGCCCAGGCUGGCCUUGAACUUGCAAUCCUUAGUAUUCAGAUGGCAGGUGAGUGCCACUACACCAGUUCUCUUUGUGCAUUUUUCUUUUUCUCCUUCUCCAUCUUCUUCUUCUUCCUUUUUCUUCUUCUCCCCCAUCUCUCGUCUGUGUGUGUGUGUGUGUGUGUGUGUGUGUGUGUGUGCAUAUGUGUUUAGACGUCCUUGGGUGUUAUCAUCAAAAUCACCAUCUUUUUUUUAAUAUUGUAAUUUUUAAGAGGUGUGUGUGUGUGUGUGUGUGUGCGUGUGUGUGUGUGUGUGUGUGUGUUGCCUUCAGACACACCAGAUGAGGGAAUGAGAUACCGCUACAGAUGUGGUUGUUGGGAAUUGAACUCAGGACCUCUGAAGAGCAAUCAAUGCUCUUAACUUCUGAGCCAUCUCUCCAGUCCCAGAUUAUCUUUCAAGUACUGAAGAUACAAAAGAACACAAACAUCCCUGGUUUUGGAGAGGAGAGAUUAAGAAAAUAUAAUAUCAAGUGUCAAGAAACAUGCUAUAAAGAAAGCAAAGUGGGGGGUGAUGGCUCAUGGGCUGAGAGGUAGCUUGGUGGUUAAGAGCACUGUCUGCUCUUCCAGAGAUUCUGAAUUCGUUUUCUAGCAACCACAUGGUGGUUCACAACCAUCCAUACUAGGAUCUGAUGCCCUCUUCUGGCAUGCCAUUAGAGCGCUUAUAUACAUAUAAAUAAAUAAAUAAAUCUAAGAGGGAGAGGGAGAGGGAGGGAGAGGGGAGGGAGAGGGAGGGAGGGGGGAGAGAGAGGAAGGGGGAGGGAGGGGAAGAAAGAGGAAGAGGGAGGGGGAGGGAGGGGAAGAAAGAGGAAGAGGGAGGGGGAGGGAGGGGGAGGGAGGGGGAGGGAGGGGGAGGGGGAGGGAGGGAGAGAGAGAGAGAGAGAGAGAGAGAGAGAGAGAGAAUUUCUUUAAUCCCAAUACUCAAAAGGCAGAGGCAGGUGGAUCUCUGAGUUCCAGGCCAGCCUGGUCUACAGCCAGGGCCAGUCUUGAAAAAUAAACAAAAUAAAUAAACAAAAUCAAGAAAAAGCAUGAUAAAUCAGUUUUCCGUUUCAGUCUUUGCCAUAAAACCAACUCAUUUAAUUUUUUUUACAUUUAUUGUUUGUUAUUUUUGGUUUUCCGAAACAGGGUCUCUCUGUGUAGCACUGGCUGACGUGGAACUCUCUUUGUAGAGCAGAUCCACCAGCCUCUGCCUCCAGAGUGCUUGGAUUUGAGGUGUGUGCCACCAUAUCACACACAUCCCCCCACCCCCAUGCUUGUGGUUUUCGAGACAAGACUUCACUAUGUAGCCUUGGCUGACCUAGAACUCCCUCUGUGUAACUGAACAGGUGAGUUUCAAACCUGUGGCAAUCCACCCGCACCUGCCUUUAGUAUUGGGACUACAGAACUGUGCCUGGCUACUUUUGGUUGUUUUCUUUUUCUCUUUGCUGUUUCUUUUUCUUUUUUCCUAAUCAUCAUAUUAAUUACAGAUAAUUAUGCGUUUUAUAGAAAUAAAAUGAUCUAAUACAAUUUUUAUAUAAAAUGUGUAUAAAUGUAUUUUGAUCACAUUCACCACCACCAUUUCUCUUGUCCCCCAUUCCCUUUCCCUUCCCAACUGGUUCCCCAAGCUCUCUUAGUGGUUCUUGUUUCGGGUUUUGGAUGAACCAGUGUUUUAUUGAAGUUGCUUCCAGGAGCAUAGGCAAUUUAAUAAUGGUUAUCCCAAGGAAGAAAAUGUCUCUCCCUUCCCAGCAACUACUAAGUACCUAUAGGGGCCGAGCCUUGUAAGCACAUCUUUAGUAUCGAGUGUUUUCUCUGCAUGUAUAUGACCCACGUACUGGUAGAGGUCAAGUGAGGGCGUUCGAUUUUCUGAAACGAGUUAUUGAUGGUAAUGAACCACUAGGUCAAUGCUGGAAGCAAACCUGGGUCUUUUCAGCCACCAAGCUAACCCUUCAGUACCUCCCCUCUUUAAAAAAAAAAAAAAAAAAAAAAGUGUAACCGAAGCCGGUUAUUUCUGCUUCAUCCAAUUCUACUUAUUGAUUACUGACUUAAUCUUACGUUUCUCAGCCCCAAACAAGAAGGAAAGAAAAGCGAAAUGAAUAAAAACAAAAAACAAAAAACCCUAGUAACAGAUGAGCUCAAAAUAAACAUAUAAACUAACAAACGAACGAACAAACAAAUUGCUAACUACUAAUCCAGCCCCGCCUCUCCCACUUAAUCUCAGAGAAGGAACCCAGGACACGUAAAAUUCUUACCUAAAAUCAAGCCAAUCAGUGGUGCCGAGAGAAGCGCGUUUGGUCUUUGAAGAAUACCAAUCAGCGAACAUUGGGGCGGAAGAGAGAAAGCAUUCACCGAUGAGAGAGAUCGUACGGCGGAAGUGGAUGAAGGAACUCUUGAGAAUAUGGCGUCCUUAUUCUGGGCACAAGUUCACUGGAGGAAAACUUUGAUCGCAAGGUGAUUAUCAUAGUACAAGCGGCCAUUCACAGCAGAAACCCCUGGCAGGUCACAAGCCGAUCUUAAGGAAAGGGGUCGGGGACAAUUCGGUGACCUGGAGAAAAGGAACUCUUAAGAGAGCGGAGUACGCCCGGAGACCGGAGCCGCUAACCCGGAAAAGGCGUGGUCAGAAACAGGGCGGGUUUACAGCGCCCCAUACCAGAAGUCCCGGAUUGGGAAGCGACUAGGCGGGACAGAGUUAGCCAUGUGGGCGUGACCACUGCGGUGCGGUUUGGGGGCGGGACCUAUAGGAACCUGGGGCCCAGCUGGCAGGGGAAAGGUUUGGGAACCCGGGCCUGGGGCUGCAGGAUCCACAUCUAGCGGGGUUCCAAGGCAGCGGUGACAUCAGGCCUCGUUCUGCUCAUGAUCUCACCCUGCCCUUUUUUCGUCCCUCGCGCCAAUAGCCCUAAACUCUAAGACCCUCUUGUCCUCCUGAGCUCUGCCCUCGGAUGUCCGACCGCCCAGAGCCUGCAUGCGCCGUGGGGCGCCCCAGGACCAGGAGCUGGUGGGUCCGGGGGCCCCUGGGCGGGGGUCCCGGGGCUCCCCUCCUUCCUCGGGACCCGUUGUCCCGGUGUUGGUCUUUCCCCCGGAUCUAGUAUUCAGGGCGGACCAAAGAAGUGGACCCCGGCAGCUGCUGACCCUUUACAACCCCACGGGAACUGCACUUCGCUUCCGAGUUCUGUGUACAGCACCUGCCAAAUAUACGGUAUUCGAUGCAGAAGGAUAUGUGAAGCCUCAGUCCUGCAUUGACAUUGUGAUACGGCACGUGGCCCCCAUCCCCAGCCACUAUGAUGUCCAGGACCGAUUCCGCAUUGAGCUAUCUGAGGAGGGGGCCGAGGGACGAGUGGUUGGAAGAAAAGAUGUCACCUCUGUUCUCCGGGCCCCAGCGUACCCCCUGGAGCUUCAGGGACAUUCUGAGCCAACCCCCAACCCAGGGCCUCCUUCGUGGACAGGACCAACUCCAGCCAGACAUCUUCAGGAGAACGCCAUGUGACCAACUGGCACGAAAGCUGCUGCUGCUGCUUUGACACCCAUGAUGGACGGCACCUUGAACUGUGAGCUAGAAGGAACCUAUUUCUCCUCCGGUUGCUUUUGGUUGGGUAUUUUUCGUUGUCAUAGCUACAGGAAAGAAACUAAGCAUGGACUGGGGACCUGAACUCAUCCUCACACGUGCAGGGCAGGCGCAGGGUGACUGAACCAUCUCCCUGGCCCUACACCGCUCUUUACCUUUUAAAAUCAUUUUUAAUUUCUUUAAAAAGGAUUUCUUUUGA